AUGUUUAUAUUAAAAGAAAAUAACCGUGAAAAAGUAAAUCCGUUUUGCGUUCCAUUAGUAAUAGUCAUUAUGAUUAUGAUAAAUGGAAUAAAUGUAACUAUUACGCAAACCGUUGAUUCUAUUCCUCAUCGCGAAUUAAUAGGAGAAACACCCGCCACGGAAGAUACGCCGACAACAGAAGUUGUUACUGAUAAUACGACUGUCGAGAAUCAAACAGAUAAGCCAAUUGUCAUUAAUUAUUGGAUGAUGAAGAUGGGUGACAUUAAGGAAGAUUUAUUGGGUAUUCAGGCGGUUGUUGUUAAGGAUGAAGACGCCGAGGCGGCUUGUUCUGAAGGAAAAAUGAGAUCUCGUCGCCGUUUUUUAAUGUGUGCUGGGUCUAUUUUGCAUCGCAAUCGCAUACUGACAACGGCUUCAUGUUUGCACGAGGCCAUGCACAUAAAGCACAAUAUUCGUGCUCCACUUGCGGUGGUAAUUGCGCCACUAAAAACCUCUGUUCAAGUAAUAAGAGUUGCUGAGUACAAAAUUCAUCCGGAACAUAAUACCAAUCCUUACAGUCCAGAUCAUACGAAACAUAAUAUUGCAAUUUUGAGUUUAGCUUGUAGAAUUUCAACAGUUAAUUAUAACAAAAUCUAUUUACCAACAGAACCUAUGACACACAUUUGUACUGAAGAAAAUUGUGUACUUGCUGUUUAUACGAAGACUAGACACGAACUCGUUAUUCAUCAAAUUCAAGCUCCACAAAUACCCAUAAAUUAUCGAAAACGUCGAUCAAUAAAUGAAAACAAAUUUAUAAAUCCAAAUCAUACGGGAUUGAUUGAUGUUAAGAGCAAUGUGAAAAAAUUAGUAAAAAGAUCUAGUGAUGGUACUAGUGGAUGUGCUCAAACUGGUGCGGCUGUCAUGGUGAAUCGUAACCAGACAGCAAUUGUAGCAAUUUCUUGCGAUGAUCGUCAAAAAGACGGUAAGUGGUACUACACAGAUCUGUUCUACAACACAAAUUGGAUAAGGGAUGUCCUGAAUGAUUGGAACAAGCCGCAUGAGAAUAAGCAAAGUGUACCAAACGGAAUAACUGGAGCUCCUACUGCGAAUGAUAAUGCGACAAAUCCACGUGGAUGUGGAAACUGUAUCUUCAACUUUUACAUAUCCGUGGGCUGCAAAGAAAAAGGAAACUGUCCGAAAGGUUCUCGAGUUAUGACAAAUGGGCCAACGGCAAGUCAUAAUGUGCGCCAAGUAACAAAUCGCGAGUUUACAGACAAUUGGUCGCAUGCCAACCAAGAUCCGAAUAGAUGGAGUAAACAAGCUAUUACCAACGACAAUAUUCAACAAACGUUACAGCCCCCUGUUGCUAAAUGUCGCGAUAACUCUCCCGAAUGUUUGAAUUCUGCGGGUAAUCAGGAUGUUUUUAAGCCUCAAUCUAUUUUCAGAAAUGGUGAUAUUCCGAUGAUUGUCAGAGCGCAAAAUCAGUCGAUCAUUAAUAGAUACGGGCAGUACCAUCCAGCUUAUGAUGGGUUAAGGCGUUUUGGCAAUCAUCCUUGGAUUGUGAGGAAGGUGAAAAAAAAUCAAAAACAAGCUCUCUUUGCGCUCAGGAAUUCAGCAAACAAAAAAUACAUAAAAGGCGAAAUGGGCAAUGGGUUAAGAAGAAGACACGUAAGUUCUUCUGGAAAAACAAAUGAACAGAUAAGAAAUAGAAAACAUGCUAAAUCAUAA